AUGGUCACGUACAAAGACAUACAAGCCUCCAAUGCGCUUGUCAACGAUACAACGGCGCCGAGUGUGGCCGUCUUUGCCGGAGGUACGUCUGGCAUUGGACAGCUCACCAUACGAGCUCUUGUCGCCACGGGCGCCAGCAUGAGAAUAUACUUGGUUGGACGCAGAAGCUCCGCAGAUCGUAUGCAUGUUUUCAUACAAGAGCUCCAAGAUUCAAAUCAUAGAGCAAAAGUGAUUUGGAUCGAAGGUGAAAUUUCUCUGCUUGCCGAGACGAAAAGAAUAUGUCAAGUCAUCACAAGCAAAGAAUCACAUGUCGACUUGCUAUUCCUUACCGCGGGGUAUGCGCCCAUGAGUGGACGCAAGGAGACGCCAGAGGGCCUGGAGAUUACUCAGAGUCUGGCAUACUAUUCUCGCAUUCUCUUCAUUCAACAUCUCUUGCCCAUCUUGAGCAGGGCAGCCGCUCCCAGAGUAAUCAGUGUCUUGGCUGGCGGACUGGAGCGGGCCACUAUGAACCUAAUGGAUUUGGACUUGAAGGCGCCCGGAGGUUUCAACUUUAUCAAAGCUCAAUCACAAUACGCAACCAUGAACACGACAACAUUGGAGAAAUUAGCCAAUGAGAAUCCCGACGUAACCUUUAUCCACUCGUGGCCUGGCUGGGUGAACACGGGAAAUGUGAACAGAGGCAUUGAAUCCAAUUCAAUCACUGCCUGGCUGGUCUGGUUGUUCCUAGAGCCACUGAUUAGAUUAUUCUCAUUCAGUGACGAGGAGUCGGGACAGAGACAUCUCUUUCAGAGCACCAGCGCGGCUUUCGGUGGACGCGGCGUGUCUUGGAAGGGCAAGCCAGGAGUGAAUUCGGCAUCUCGGACGGAAAAUGGACUCUUCUUGGUCAAUUAUAAAUGCGACUGUACACCAAACUCGACAGUAAUGGCAUCACUACGCGAAAGGGCUCAGGGUAUAAUUUGGGAUCACACACAAGAGGUUCUCGGUCCAUAUUUGUAA